AUGCAAACCCCUACUCUCCCUUCGAUCAAACAUCUUCUCCUUGAUGCUCCAAUCAAUGAUGUUCAUGGUUCAUCAUUUAACUUUCCAUUCUCUCAUUCAUCAUCACCUGUAACACCAAUCUCUGCUUAUCCUCCAAGCUUUCCUUCUACAUCUCCACAAUCAACAGAUGCGCAUCAUCUAGCUGCGAUCAAUGCUCAUAAUAAAAGCAUGUCGCUUCCUUCUCAUAAUAUUAACAUUAAAUCCCUACUUUCCCCUCCAGAAUCACCGGAUAUGACACAUAAUUAUCAACAAACUCCUUUUGAAUCCUAUGAUGCUCAACAUACUCCGAAACAAGAGCAAAGAUAUACUCUCCAGCAGGUGUCUGGAGAACAAUGUAGUUGUUGUGCAAGAACUUCUGACGAUUAUCCGUCAACUCCUGUGCAAAUGAAUACUUAUCAAUAUUCGCAAUCGAUUCAACAACGUUACCCUUAUUCUAUUACUAAUCCCCUUCCAAUUUCACCAUUUGAUCGAAAACAAACUACUGGAACUACGCUUCCAAGAUUGAAUGCGUCGGUUUUCACAAACAUUGCUUCAUCAAAACAUUUUCCUCAAAAGAAUCUUAAUAAUCAAGCAUCUCAAAGUAGCUCUUCAUGUGGAAAUCGUUAUCAAUGUCCUUAUUGUUCAAAGAGAUUUUCGCGUCCAAGUUCUCUCAGAAUUCAUACCUAUUCACAUACCGGCGAAAAGCCAUUUGUAUGUUCUGAACCAGGAUGUGGUAGAAAAUUUUCUGUACAAAGUAAUAUGCGUAGACAUCUCAGAGUUCAUAGAUUGGGAAGACCAGUUAAGAGAACUCGAUAUGAUGGUGAAGUUGAAGGUGUCAAAAUGUUGAAUCAUGCAACAAUUCUUAGAGGUUGUUAUUAA